UGAGUAACAGGAGUCUGGUGGUGCAACAGAGGAACAAUUUCAUCCAUUUGGACUCAGCUCAGCCACUACAGAGGAAACAAUCAAUGUCUUCAACACAAAAGGACCAACAUGGAGCAAGAAGUCAGCGCUCUCAGGAGGCCGACAAAUCUCACAGAAGAAAGCGAGAGAAAACCUACAGCUGUGAUGAGUGUGGGAAGGAUUUUACCCAGAGUGGACAUUUAAAAUCACACCAACUCGUCCACAGUGGAGUUAAACCGUACAGCUGUGAUGAGUGUGGGAAGUCUUUUGCCCAGGCUGGAAGCUUAAAAACACACCAACUCGUCCACAGUGGAGUUAAACCGUACAGCUGUGAUGAGUGUGGGAAGUCUUUUACCCGGACUGGAAGUUUAAAAACACACCAACUCAUCCACAGUGGAGUUAAACCUUACAGCUGUGAGUUGUGUGGAAAGUCUUUUGCCCAGGCUGGAAGCUUAAAAACUCACCAACUCAUCCACAGUGGAGUUAAACCUUACAGCUGUGAGUUGUGUGGAAAGUCUUUUAACCGGGCUGGAAACUUAAAAACGCACCAACUCAUCCACAGUGGAGUUAAAGCUUACAGCUGUGAAUUGUGUGGUAAGGCUUUUGUUCUAAAUGGCCACUUACAGAAGCAUCUAGUUACCCACUCUGGAAUUAAGGCGUACAGCUGUGACUUUUGUGGAAAAAGUUUCAGCGAGAAACACUACCGAAAUAUUCACCUACGGAUUCACACUAGAAAUGAAGUUUCCUUCUGUGAUCAGUGUGGGAAACUGUUUACAACAGAUGCACAGUUACAACAACACAUGUUUAGCCACACUGAGGAGAGACCUUAUAAAUGUGACCUGUGUGAGAAGACUUUUAAAACUCCACAUCAGCUGAAAAAACACCAACAGAUCCACACCAGAAAGUAACUCUACAAGUGCAGUUACUGUGAGGAUGUAUUUAAUUUUAUUAUCUUGUAAUUUUAACCUGAGUGUUUGGAACAAGUCUGAUCAGUAAACUUAUGGAGUUAUACUGAA